AUGGUGCUGGAGCUGAAUGCAUCGGAUGACCGUGGCAUCGACAUCGUUCGAGGGCCCAUCCUGAGCUUUGCCAGCACCAGGACCAUCUUCAAGAAAGGCUUCAAGCUCGUCAUCCUGGAUGAAGCUGAUGCCAUGACACAGGACGCACAGAACGCUCUGCGGCGAGUGAUCGAGAAGUUCACCGAGAACACACGCUUUUGCCUCAUCUGCAACUACCUCUCCAAGAUCAUCCCCGCCCUGCAGUCCCGCUGCACCCGCUUCCGCUUCGGGCCCCUCACCCCAGAGCUGAUGGUGCCCCGGCUGCAGCACGUCAUCCAGGAGGAGGGGGUGGACGUGAGUGAGGAUGGGAUGAAGGCACUGGUGACCCUCUCGAGCGGUGACAUGCGCAGAGCCCUCAACAUCCUGCAGAGCACCUCCAUGGCCUUUGGGAAAGUGACGGAGGAGAAUGUCUACACCUGCACGGGACACCCCCUCGAAGCUGACAUCACCAACAUCCUCGACUGGAUGCUCAACCAGAACUUCUCCACCGCCUUCCGCAAAAUCAUGGAGCUGAAGACACUGAAGGGCCUGGCUCUGCAGGACAUCCUCACCGAGAUCCACCUCUUUGUGCACAGAGUUGAUUUCCCACCCUCAGUCCGCAUCCAGCUGCUGAUCAAGAUGGCAGACAUUGAGUACCGGCUGGCUGCAGGCACCAGCGAGAAGGUGCAGCUGAGCUCCCUCAUCGCAGCAUUCCAGGUCACCAGGGACCUGAUUGUGGCCGAAGCAUGAGUCGGGCAGGGGCUGCCCCAGGUCCGCUCUGUGUGCUUUGUGGUUCCUUUCUGCACGCCUCAGGCAUGCAGCCCAAGGGACAAAAGACGGGCAGCGUUGUGUCUAUGCUUCAUUGGGAAAUGCAAAUAUCUCUGAAGCCAA